UGCUGGGGGCAGCGCGUAAAAACACAGUAUCCAUAUAGGUCUAUGAAUACGUUAUUUAUUGGAUCACGUGUCAAGUGUACUAUUUAUCGAUAAAAAGUGAACGACAUUAUAUCAUAAACAAAAAUUAAAGGUUGUGAUCGAUGAUACAGCGGUGGUUAUUGUGAACAGAGUCCGGCUGCAGGGCUUGAGCGAGCGAGAGAGAGAAGAGUGGGCCUUUCUCCCGCACACGCAACCCAGGCUGAAUGUUCAUCCAAAUGUCUGCGAUCGCCCAUUCUAUGCCAGGUAGCAACCCGAGCAGUCUGACGCAGAAACGAAACGACAGUAUUGGAUCCGAUGAGGACGACCCGAGCUCGGGCAAGUACAGAAGAAUGGACGACGAAAACGUGCAGGACAAGGACCGCUUCGCCAGCAGGGAAAACCACUGCGAGAUCGAGAGACGCCGGCGCAACAAGAUGACAGCCUACAUAACCGAGCUCUCGGACAUGGUGCCGACCUGCUCGGCGUUGGCCCGCAAGCCCGACAAGCUCACCAUACUCCGCAUGGCUGUCGCCCACAUGAAGGCCCUCAGAGGUACGGGAAACACGAGUAACGACGGGACGUACAAGCCAUCCUUUCUCACGGACCAAGAGUUGAAGCAUCUAAUCCUAGAGGCAGCAGAUGGUUUUCUCUUCGUGGUCAACUGUGACACCGGCCGUAUCAUAUACGUUUCGGACUCGGUGGGCCCGGUGCUCAACUACUCGCAGAGCGACUGGUACGGCACUAGUCUGUACAAUCAGGUGCAUCCGGACGAUGUGGAGAAGGUGCGCGAACAGCUGAGCACCUCCGAGCCCGACCACGCUGGGAGGGUGCUUGAUCUCAAAACCGGCACUGUCAAGAAAGAGGGCCAUCAGUCUUCAGUGAGACUGAGCAUGGGCUCGAGGCGUGGCUUCAUCUGUCGCAUGAAGGUGGGAAAUCUGCAGACGAGCGGUGACAUGGCCGCUGCGCACGGUCUUCAGCGUAUGAAGCAGCGCAACUCGCUGGGACCACCAGGACGCGACGGUCAAAACUUUGCUGUCGUUCAUUGUACUGGUUACAUUAAAAAUUGGCCCCCUACUGGCGAUUUUGUGUCCCCAUGUAUCCCCGCAGGUGUGGGCAUGGCUGAUCGUGGCGGCGUUCAAGGUGGACCCAACAACGUCGGUGACGAUGGUGCUAAUUCUCACUACUGUCUCGUCGCCAUUGGACGGCUCCAGGUCACCAGCACACCCAAUACGAACGAUUUGGCUGGAUCUAGUAGUAAUAACGAAUUUAUUUCUCGUCACUCUGUAGAAGGUAAAUUUACCUUCGUGGACCAGAGGGUAGGCACGAUUUUAGGAUAUACACCGUCUGAUCUUCUUGGCCAUCCAUGCUAUGAGUUCUUCCAUCCUGAGGAUCAUACUCACAUGCGGGAAAGCUUUGAACAGGUUUUGAAGCUGAAGGGCCAAGUUUUAUCUGUCAUGUAUAGAUUUAGAGCAAAGAACCGUGACUGGGUUUGGCUUAGAACUUCAGCGUUUUCUUUUAUCAAUCCAUACUCUGAUGAGGUCGAAUAUAUCAUUUGCACAAAUACGACAGCCAAAUCUCUGCAUGGAGGUAAUAGUGAAGGUCAAAGUCAGGGAGAGAACGAUGUUGUAAAUGCCUAUGGUCAACCUGGAUUGGAUUACACUCUGGAUCGACAUCCGGCUCGAAACCCCAUGUAUCCAACCGCGACCAGCCAUCACAUGAUGCAACAUCCACCGGGUAUGCCUGGCACGGUACCUCCAGCUCCACCAGCACCUCAACAGGCUAGACCUCCUAGCACUCAAAAUGUGUAUCCGAGUUACGAGACAACGCAAUCACCAAUAGCUUAUGGCUCUCCUGGCCAGCAAAAUACCAAUUCGUCGGUAAUGAACCGAAUUCAAAAACCAACUACGAAUACGUCACCCACACCUGUGGUUCAACAGUCAACCGGCAAUUGGUCGAAUAUUGGACGCCAACAACCCGUGUCAUGCGAAGGUUACCAAUACACUCAAUCAAGUCCGUCUAGAUCUCCAAGUGGACCUACGUACACGCAGUUGAAUAGUGGAGCUAGAACGCCAGUGUCCCAGCAAUACCACGCAGUCACAACAGUGCCUAACAACAAUACAGGAAUGUGGAGCUGGCAGGGACAACAGCAACACCAAGGCCCUCCUCAAGACGCCAAUGGACAGCCUACUGCUCAAGUUGGUGGUCAGCCUCAAGCUACUCAUCCUCAAGCAACUGGAGCACCUGCCCCACAGACUCAGGAGCUAAGUGACAUGCUACAGAUGCUUCAAGAUCAAGAACUCAGUAUGUUUAAUACCACCUUUGAAUGAGCGCGUGGACUAAUUUGAGGAUAAUUAUUAAAUAAACUUUUUAUUGUGUUCAAGUUAUUCAAGUGAUAAAGGAAAAGGAUAACUUGAAAAUGUUUUAAACACAACGGGCACUAUUAUUGUGUUGUAAAAGAGGCAAGCUCAAAAAUCUCUUUGUUUCGUCUCU